AUGGCGAUCCCUCCCCGGAUCACGGCGGCCGGUGGCGGCGGCCGCAAGCCGAGGGUGCCGCCGCUCCCACCGGCGAGAACUCUCCUGACCGCUUUUGCCGCGGCGGCGGCGCUGGCUGUCCUUUGCCUCGUCUCCUCGUCCCCCGCCGCCUCGCUGUCAGGUUCUUGGAGAUCCGGGGCUAGGAGCGGCGACAAGUACCUUUACUGGGGCAGCCGCGUGGAUUGCCCCGGCAAACACUGCGGCUCCUGCGCGGGGCUCGGGCACCAGGAGUCCAGCCUCCGCUGUGCUCUCGAGGAGGCCCUUUUCCUUGGCAGAACAUUUGUGAUGCCCUCAAGAAUGUGCCUAAGUUCACUGCAUAACACAAAGGGAGUUAUCCAAAGUGGUGCAACUACAAAACAGAGAUGGGAAGAAAGUUCUUGUGCAAUGGAAUCUCUAUACGAUAUAGAUCAGAUCUCAAGAACAGUACCGGUUAUUCUGGACAACUCAAAAAAAUGGCAUGAUAUAGUAUCAAGAAGCAUGAAACUAGAAGUGGGAGGUGUGGCACAUGUGCAAGGAAUUAGUAGAGGUGAACUCAAACAAAAUCCCCUAUACUCAACAGCUCUCGUAAUAAACCGCACUGCAAGUCCCCUUGCUUGGUUUAUGGAGUGCAAGGAUCGCAACAACCGCAGCUCAGUGAUGUUAUCCUACAACUUUUUGCCAAGUAUGCCAGCACAAAAAUUGAGGGAUGCAGCAAAUAAGAUGAAAGAAACACUUGGUGAUUAUGAUGCUAUUCAUGUGAGACGCGGCGAUCUAUUGAAAAAUAGGAAAGAUAGAUUUGGUGUCGAACGGAGCCUUCAUCCUCAUCUAGACAGAGAUACCCGCCCUGAGUACAUCAGAAACAUAAUUGCAAAAUGGAUUCCACCAGGUCGAACUCUGUACAUUGCAUCAAAUGAAAGAACUCCAGGCUUCUUUUCCGCUCUGUCAGACAGGUACAAGUUAGCAUACUCGUCCAACUUCAGUAGCAUAUUGGACCCAAUAAUUGAGAAUAACUAUCAGCUAUUCAUGGUAGAGAGGCUAAUGAUGCAAGGAGCAAAGACAUUUGUCAAGACAAUGAGAGAAUUUGACAGUGAUUUGACCCUUUGUGAUGAUCCCAAAAAGAACACCAAAGUCUGGCAAAAGCCAGUAUAUACAGAUGAUUGA